UGCCGCUUUUGACAGAGGACGACGACGACGCGGAUCUCUCCUCCCGUCUCCCUCUCCCCUGCCCCUCCCCCUGCGAAGGCUCUUCGGCUCUUCCACCACCACUAGCUAGAGCUAACCCCGCGUGCUGCUGCUGCCUGCUGCCUGCUGCCGCGCGCCGUUCCUUGCCGUGCGGGCGUGCUCUGGGACGCCGGUGUGGUGCGGUGCGGUGGUGGCAGCGGUGGUUGGUGGUGCGCGGCGUGAAAGAAAGAAAGAAAGAAAAGGCCCGCCGCUUUGCGCUGCUCUGCUCCCGUAGGUGUCACGAGAUUUGGGCCUAGCCUUUCGCUUUCCUUUUUUCCUCUCGCUCACAAGGGAAGGCACCGAGGGACGGAGGCGUUGGGGAGGGGAGGGGGAGGGCAGCGAGCGAGCCGUAACAUCCGAGCUGUUCCAAUGGCGACCCCUGCCGCUGCCGUUGCUUUCGUCGCCAGCGCUUUGUUGGGGCGGUGGUAGACUGGCGCUACAAGCGGAGCUGCAGUACUAGGUUGGUAGGUGGUUGUGGCUUUGGCGCUGCGCGUGACGGACCCGAGCCGCUCGCUCGCUCGUGUGCGUGCCUGUCUACCUCGCUUGCGUUGCGUUGCGUUGCGUGCGCCGGGAAGGCAGAAGUGGGUGACUGGUCCGUUCUCGCGAGAGGUGGCUGCUGCUGCUGCUGCUGCUGGUGUUCCUCCUCCUCAGCUCCCCCGGUUGAUGAGCAUGGGCCAUUGCUCCGAGCAGCGGACGGGGUUCGAGGUCACCAAGGACUGGAACGGCGCCGACCAGGUCGCGAUCCGGUCCCCGCGGGGGGCUUCCGUCCGGGUCUGCCUGCACGGCGGGCAGGUCGUCUCGUGGAGGAACCACCGCGGCGAGGAGCUCCUCUUCAGCAGUAGCAAGGCAAUCUUCAAGCCGCCCAAAGCGACGCGUGGUGGCAUUCCAAUAUGCUUCCCCCAGUUUGGAAACUGUGGAACACUGGAGCAACAUGGAUUUGCAAGGAACAAGAUAUGGACAAUAGAUGAUGAGGCUCCACCACUAAAUUCUGGUGAUAACAACAACAACAAAGCUUCUGUUGACCUUCUGCUAAAGCCAUCUGAAGAUGACCUGAAGUGCUGGCCACACUGUUUCGAGUUACGUCUCAGAGUUUCUCUUUCAAUGGAUGGAGACCUUUCACUGAUAUCACGGGUUAGGAAUGUUAACGGGAAGCCAUUCAGUUUUGCAUUUGCUUAUCAUACACACCUUUCUGUUUCUGACAUCAGUGAAGUGAGGAUAGAAGGUCUGGAGACCCUUGAUUAUCUUGACAACCUUAGCCAGCGGGAACGUUUUACUGAACAGGGAGAUGCUAUAACAUUUGAAUCAGAGGUUGAUCGAGUCUAUGUUGGCUGCCCAGGCGUAAUAGCUGUUCUUGACCAUGAAAAGAAACGCACAUUCAUCAUCCGAAAAGAAGGCCUUCCUGAUAUUGUUGUGUGGAACCCCUGGGAAAAGAAGUCCAAGACGAUGACAGACUUCGGCGACGACGAGUACAAGCAGAUGCUGUGCGUGGAUGCGGCCGCGGUCGAGAGGACCAUCACGCUGAAGCCCGGCGAGGAGUGGACGGGGAAGCUGGAGCUCUCCGCCGUGGCGUCGACCAACUGCAGCGACCACCUGGAUCACCCGGGCAGGCUGUAGAGCACUGGGUGGGUUCGUCGCCCCUGACGAAAGGCAUGUACUACUUUUUUUCAUGUAUGUACAUGGGGGCGCUAGGUCUGCAGGCUGCAGUAUGAUCUGCCUGCCAGGCGUGUCAUGUGUGAGUUUAAACUAAAUAUGUCAGAUGCAAGUAUUUCUGUGAUCUACAUGUUCGAUGUUGUUCGAAGUCUCAAGCGUUUAUAUAUCUGCAUCUUUCGAA